GAGCCGGUGUCCAUAGUUCCCAGUCCGGCUGUUAAGGAAGUAUUUUAUAAAGAUGGCGCCGACUCAAGUGGCCGAAGACCGCCUGACCUCAGGACACCGGCUGUCGCACCCGCCCCCCGGGGACGAGAUCUACAUCACGGGCAUGUCAGGGUACUUCCCGGACUCGGAUUCUGUCAUGCACCUCCAGGAGAACUUGUUUAAUAAGGUCGAUCUGAUAUCCGGGGAUGCCCGUCGUUGGAAACUGGCCCACCCUGAAAUCCCUCAGCGUACCGGGAAGAUCAACUAUGUCAACAAGUUCGACGCUUCCUUCUUCGGCGUCCACUAUAAGCAGGCCCACACCAUGGACCCAAUGUGCAGGAUCCUACUGGAGAAGGCGUAUGAAGCUGUCAUUGACGCUGGCCUGAACCCCAAGGAGCUGCGCAACACGAAGACUGGCGUGUUCAUCGGAGCCUGCUUCUCUGAAUCCGAGAAGACCUGGUUCUACGAGAAGAUGCAGGUCAACGGGUUCGGAAUAACUGGAUGUUCCCGCGCUAUGUUGGCCAAUCGCAUCUCCUAUUGGCUGGGCAUCACGGGGCCAUCUUACACCGUGGAUUCAGCAUGCUCCAGCUCUCUUUAUGCCCUGGAACAUGCGUUUAGGGCUAUAAGAGACGGCCACUGUGACGCCGCCAUUGUCGGAGGCUCAAACUUAUGUCUACAUCCUUAUGUGUCAUUGCAGUUCUCUAGAUUGGGUGUGCUUUCCCCCGACGGUCGUUGCAAGAGUUUCGACAACUCCGCCAAUGGGUACGCCAGAUCUGAAGCCAUCGUGGUCUGUUUCCUGCAGAAGGCCAAAGAUUCUAAAAGGGUAUAUGCACAACUCCUGCACGCCAAGACGAACUGUGAUGGUUACAAGGAACAGGGCAUCACGUACCCAGCUGGCCACAUACAGAAGCUGCUCCUCCAGGAAUUCUACGAGGAGUGCUCCAUACCCCCAUCGGAGCUGGAGUUCGUCGAAGCCCAUGGAACAGGUACCAAAGUGGGCGACCCUGAAGAGCUGUUGGCCAUCGACGAGAUCUUCUGCACGGGGCGGUCAGAUCCUCUUCUCAUAGGAUCCAUUAAGUCCAAUUUGGGUCACACUGAACCUGCGUCUGGUCUUUGUUCCAUUGCCAAGAUGUGCAUAGCCUAUGGCACUGGUCUAAUACCACCUAAUCUCAACUUCAACAAACCAAGAGAGGGAGUUGCAGCAUUCGCUGAGAACCGCCUUCAGGUAGUCACGGAGAAGACGCCGUGGAACAAGGGGAUGUGUGGCAUCAACAGUUUCGGCUUCGGAGGCGCUAAUGCCCACGUGUUGCUGAAGAACGUUGGCAGGCAAAAGGUCAACAAUGGUCUACCAGCAGACGACCUUCCACGCCUUGUCUGUGUGUCUGGUCGUACGGAAUCAGCCGUAGCCAAGAUCCUAGACGACCUGGAGACUAGGACUGUGGACGUUGAGGAAGUGAAGCUGUGGCACGAUAUACAUAGUGGCGAUAUUGGAUUACAUGUUGUCAGAGGAUACACCUUAUUAGGAUCCACUCCAACAAAGAGCGUGUCUCUCGCUCGCGACAUCCAGUACUUCUCCGGCGUGAAGCGUCCAGUCUGGUUCGUGUACUCCGGCAUGGGUUCACAAUGGGCCGGCAUGGCCACUCAACUGAUGAGAAUCCCGAUCUUUGCUGCUGCUAUCCAAAAAUGCCACAAAGCCCUUGAGCCCAAAGGUGUGAACUUGACCAAAAUCAUCACUGAACCAAAUCCAAAGAUCUACGACAACAUCCUCAACUCGUUCAUAGGCAUCGCUGCUGUCCAAAUUGGUCUUACUGAUGUUCUGAAGGCAGUUGGAAUUGAACCGGACUACAUAAUUGGUCACAGUGUAGGAGAGCUUGGCUGCGCAUACGCAGACGGUUGCUUCACAGCGGAACAGAUGGUCCUAGCUGCUUAUUACCGAGGAUUAGCUUCAGUCGAAACUAAAUUCAUUAAAGGAUCAAUGGCUGCUGUUGGCAUUGGCUAUGCGCAGAUGAAGACCAUGUGCCCUCCUGAAAUCGAAGUGGCAUGUCGUAACGGCCCAGACUCCUGCACUAUUUCUGGUCCAUCUGAUCUGAUGAAGACUUUCGUGGACAAGUUGACUUCGCAAGGAAUAUUCGCGAAAGAAGUCCCCUGUUCCAAUAUUGCUUACCAUUCGCGUUACAUUGCUGAAGCUGGUCCCAAACUACUCAAGUACUUGAAAGAAGUCAUCCCUUCACCAAAGGCCCGCUCCGAGAAAUGGAUGUCAACUUCUUUCCCUCAAGCAAUGUGGAAGAGUUCCAAAGCGGAGUUAUCGUCAGCAGAGUACCAUACCAACAAUCUGCUGAGCCCAGUCCUUUUCGAAGAGACGUCCCGUCUGAUCCACCACAACGCCAUCACCAUAGAAGUGGCUCCACAUGGUCUACUGCAAGCUAUUCUAAGACGCUCCCUCAAGAAAGACGUCGUCAAUGUAUCACUCACUCAGAGGAACAACGCCGACAAUGUGCAAGUUCUGUUCACUGCUCUCGGGAAAUUGUACGAAGCGGGUUUGAACCCGCAACUGGCCAACAUCUAUCCGCACGUGUCCUACCCUGUGUCAACGGGGACUCCGAUGCUGUCCCAUCUCGUAGAAUGGGAGCACAGUGAAGAUUGGUACGUAACAUCAUACAGAGCCCAGGAGAAGAUGAAGUCAGGCGAAAGAACCGUCAGAAUGUCCAUCAUUGAUGAGGACAGCGAAUAUAUGGCUGGUCACGUGGUGGAUGGCCGUAACCUCUACCCAGCCACUGGUUACCUUGUCCUGGUUUGGGAGACCCUCGGCAUGAUGAUGGGAGAGCUGUACACUGAAGUUUCCGUUGUCUUCGAGAAUGUUCGGUUCCAGAGAGCCACUAACAUACCCAAGGACGGGUACUUGGAGUUCAUUAUCAUGAUCCAGAAGGGCAGUGGUAACUUUGAGAUCGUUGAAAGCGGAGCGUCCAUAGUGACAGGUCGAAUUUACGCCAAGAAGAAUGUGGGACAAGACUACCGCGUUCUCCCGGCUCUACCCGAGGUGUCGGGACCUAACAUCAGGCACAUGCUGACCAAGGACUUCUACAAGGAGUUGCGUUUGAGAGGUUAUCAAUACAGUGGCCUAUUCCGUGGCGUCAUCGGAUGCAACGUCGAAGGUACCCGCGGUCGCCUAGCCUGGGUGAACAACUGGGUCACCUUCAUGGACUGCAUGCUCCAAAUGAAAAUCAUCGGCCAAGACACCAGGGGUCUCUUCGUGCCGACCAGAAUUGAGAAGCUCUGCAUCGACGCCAACAUUCAUUACAACGCUUUGUCCAAAAUGAACCCUGAUUCUACGAAGCAUUCGUUCGAGAUUAGAGUGUUUCCAGAUGUAGAUGUUAUUAGGGCUGGUGGUGUUGAAGUGCGUGGUCUGCAUGCCACUCCCAUUUCAAGGAGGGUGCCACUUGGAGUACCCGUGCUUGAGAAGAGCGAAUUCGUGCCUAACUAUGGAAAGAAUAAGAUGAAGAUCGAAGACAUCCUCCGCGCGAACCUCCAACUGAUGCACGAGAACGUACAAACAUACAAAGUUAAAGCCAUAGAGUACGUGGACGAAGAAUACAAGGAGAAUUCCAUAGAGCCGCUCAUUGAACAGAUCGGAGACAUACUUGGAGACAUGCCACUGGUUCAGGCUGAACUGCUGGUGAUUACUGAAGAAACUCUUGAAAUGCCCCAGAAUAUAACGGUUGAGAAUAAGAAAUUGAGCGGCGAGAGUAAUACUGUCGUUUUCAUUGGAGCUAAUCUGCUGAAGAGGCCUGAAAUACUAGAACAAGCUGCAGCCACCCUCCGUGACAAAUGCUUCAUCAUAAGCCGAGAAAAGGAACGUCCUGAUCCCAAAGACCAUGCCGACAAAUAUGACAUAGUCACCAUCCAAGAUACCGGAGUUGAAUACCUAGUGAUGUUAAGAAAACGCAUUGGUGCUAGGCCAGCGAAAUUCGUCAAAAUCGUCGCAGCAGAUCAAACCUUCUCUUGGAUUGAUCGAGUGAAAGAAGAAUUGAAAGAAGGACAAAAAGUCGUUCUGUACACCCAAGAUGAACAUAUUAAUGGUCUGCUAGGUUUGGUUAAUUGUUUAAGAAGGGAACCAGGAGGUGAAGUGGUGUAUGGUAUACUCAUUUCUGAUCCAUCUGCUCCAGCGUUCAAUCCCGAUUUGGAGUUUUAUGAAGACCAGUUGGAUAAGGAUCUGGCUAUCAAUAUUUAUCAGGAUGGUCAAUGGGGCACCUAUCGUCAUCUGCUCCUUGGAGACUUGGAUACCGUCCGUGCAGAUCACGCAUACGUUAAUACUCUUACCAUUGGAGACUUAUCCUCGCUGAAGUGGAUCGAAGGACCAAUCAGGCUAGACCAGACCUUCAAGGUGUCCACCAGUUUGCUUGUACAUGUAUACUGCUCAGCCCUGAACUUCCGUGACGUGAUGACGGCAACGGGUCGCGUCACUGUGGACGCGGUAGCUCGAGGUCGACUCGCCCAAGAGUGCGUGCAAGGGUUCGAAAUUGUGGGGCGUACUGCCAAUGGCUCCCGCGUCAUGUGCAUGUUGAGGAACCGCGGCAUGUCUAACUUGGCUGAAGUAGACAAGGCCCUGACCUGGUGCAUCCCUGAUGAAUGGACCUUCGAAGAAGCUGCUACCGUGCCAGUGGCUUAUGGAACUGUUUAUUACGCUAUGGUGAUGGUCGGUCAAAUCCACCGCGGCGAAUCAGUCCUCAUCCACGCCGGCUCCGGCGGUGUCGGCCAGGCCGCCAUCAACGUCGCCCUUCACUUCGGCUGCGAAGUGUUCACCACAGUGGGCACUGCUGAGAAGAGAGCUUUCAUCAAGAAAUUGUUCCCUCAGCUUAAAGAUAGCCACAUUGGGAACUCUCGUGACACUUCAUUUGAAGACAUGAUUCGACGAGAGACCAAAGGCAAGGGUGUGGAUAUGGUCCUGAAUUCACUCUCUGAUGACAAACUACAGGCCUCAGUAAGAUGCCUCUGCUAUCGAGGCCGCUUCCUUGAGAUCGGCAAGUUUGAUAUCAGCAAUAACACGCCCAUCGGCAUGUAUUUCUUGCUGAAGGAGACCUCCUUCCACGGCAUCAUGUUGGACUUUAUCUUUGACCAGAGCUGGGAGUUCAGAAAGAGACUGCAAGAUCUCCUACUGACCGGCAUCGAGAGCGGCGCAGUCCGUCCCCUCACGUACACCACGUUUGAGAAACAUGAAGUGGAGACAGCCUUCCGCUAUAUGGCCGCUGGGAAACACAUUGGAAAGGUUAUCAUCAAAAUCCGUGAAGAUGAGCGCACCUAUCGCCCUGUGAAGCCCUCACCGAUGCCUGUUGAUGCGGUUCCAAGAUACAUGUGCAAUGAAGACAACGUGUACAUAGUAGUGGGUGGCCUGGGAGGAUUCGGCCUAGAACUGGCUGACUGGCUCAUCUUGAGAGGCGCCAGGAAGAUCCUCCUCACUUCCAGACGAGGAGUCACCAAUGGAUACCAGUCGUCGAGACUCAGGGCUUGGGCAGGCUACGGCGCCGAUGUCCAGAUUUCCACCCACGACAUCACCACAGAAGAAGGAUGUGAACAAAUGUUACUAAUGGCCAAUGAAAUGGGCCAUGUGGACGCCAUUUUCAACCUUGCUGUGGUGCUCAAAGAUUCCAUUUUCCAAAACCAAACACCAGAAACGUUCCAAACAUCAUUUGCUCCUAAAGCCUUGGCCACCAUGCAUUUGGAUAAACUGUCCAAGAAACACUGCCCUGGGUUGAAGAACUUCGUGGUGUUCUCGUCCGUAUCUUGCGGUCGCGGUAACGCCGGUCAGACCAACUACGGCCUGUCCAACUCUGUGAUGGAGAGGAUCUGCGAGUGGAGGAAGAAGUUGGGUCUCCCGGCCCUGGCCGUGCAGUGGGGAGCUGUUGGUGACGUCGGUCUUGUCGCUGAUAUGCAAGACGAAGACGUCCAACUUGAAAUCGGUGGUACCCUACAGCAGAGGAUAUCAUCAUGUCUCCUGGCGUUAGACAAGUUCUUGAAGCAGGACUCUCCUAUUGUGUCUUCCAUUGUGGUCGCUGAGAAGAAAGCAGGUGGCUCCGGCUGCGGGAAUAUAGUGGAUGCUGUUGCCCAAAUUAUGGGUAUCAAGGACUUGAAGACUGUGUCGCAGCAAGUGUCUCUGGCCGAGCUCGGCAUGGACAGUAUGAUGGCUGUGGAAAUCAAGCAGACCCUGGAGAGGGAGUUCGAGAUCUUCCUCACGGCUCAGGACAUCAGGACCCUCACAUUUGCCAGACUAGUAGAACUGACAGCGCAACGUGAAGCGGCAGCGUCUACUUCCGCCGCGCGGCCCAAUGUGACGGAAGCGGCCGCCGGCCUCAGGGUGCUCAUGAGGAACUUCGGAGACGAGAAGCUGGUCUCAGAACCGCUGAUCUACAUGCCGACCAUGGUCAGCGAUGGGGUUGAGGGUGAAGAAGCUAUCCACGUGAUGGAGAACGUGAUGUUCGUGAUGCCAGGUCUAGAAGGUUCUGCAGCGGCUUUGGAACCUCUCUGCCGCAGACUGAAGAUAAAGGUGUGCGCGCUACAAUUAGGAUACGAACAUAAGGGUGAAACCUGCGAUAUGAUGGUGGAGAGACUUUAUCAGUCCGUAAUAUCUCGUCUGGCUCCUGGAUCGCCAUUCUGGUUGCUCGGGUACAGUUUUGGAUCAGUACUUACUUUGGAAUUAGCAGCGAGACUAGAAGCACAAGGUCUCAAAGGAACCGUGUUCUGCUUGGACGGCGCCCCUGAAUUCCUAUACGCGAUCACCACCAUGACUGUUGCCUUCAAGAACGACUUCCAACUCCAGAACAGCAUGAUCUGUCACGUCAUCGACAUCGUCUCCCCCAACAACGACAUCACCAAGGACAUGAUGGAGAAACUCAACGAGAUCGAGUCCUACGACGAAAGGAUCCAACACGCGAUCAAGAUGUCCCCCGUUCAGAGCAAAUACACCAACAACUUCAUCGGGGCCAUGGCCCACAUCUGCUAUGACCGUAUCAAAGUCAUUUUGAACUAUAAUGUCAAGAACAUCAAGAAGUUAAAGUCACCUAUCGUUCUUUUGCGUCCCAAAGAUAAUCCAGCUUUCGUAGUGUGCGAAGAAAAUUAUGGUCUUGACAAAUUUAGUGACAGUCCUGUCACAGUGCAUUACUUGGAAGGUAACCAUGUCAGUAUCAUUGAAAAUAAGGAUUGUGCUAAUAUUAUUAACAGGAUUUUGGCUAAUGAAGAAGGGCAAAAGGGCAAAGAAACAGGGAAUGUAGUUACCAGUAUGGUUGAAAACCAAAGAGAAGUUACAGCGUAAACGGUUAAUGAAAUAACGAAUUUUGCUACGAUAACGGAUUCCGAUAUAGAUUUCAUUGGUUUAGGUUGUGAUUUUUUUUAUAUAACGCAUUAACUGAUAGUUCUUAAGUGGCCGUAUUUAUAACUUAGUGACUUUUAACAGUUGAAUUGUAAUUUAAGUUGGUCUUAAAGACACCAGUACCAAAUAAAUAUUCAUUAAGGUAAUUUAAAUUGUUAGGGUUAGUUUUUGUAGUGGUUAUAUUAGGGUUACAUAGAUUUAAGUUAAUUUAUUGUUGUGUCGGUUUGCCAAAGGUUGUAAGAGUUUACUUGUAGUUUUACAAUGAAUUACAGGGU